AUGUGUUUUGAUUGGUUUGCUAAGGCAAGUAGUCAAAAAAUUCCUAUGUCUGGCUUUAUUGUAAAGGCAAAAGCAAUCGAAAUAGCAAUCAAAUUAAGUGUAUCUUAUUAUAAUGCGUCAGCUCGAUGGUUGAAUAGAUGGCGCUCAAAGAAUAAUGUUGCUUUCAAGUGCAUAUCUGGUGAAUCUGCAGAUGUAAACCAGGAGGAUGUCAAGCAGUUUAGGGGAAAGUUGAAAUCUCUGUUGAGUAAAUACAAGUCCCAGGACAUUUACAAUGCAGAUGAAAGCGAGAUUUUCUUUCGCGCAUUGCCUAACAAAACUUUCGCUCUUAAAUCUGAAAAAUGCAUUGGCGGAUUUUCAAAAGUUGAUGAAAAUUUUUCUGAUUUUGAUCCCGAAGACGACAUUCCACUGGCACUCUAUGCUAAAUUUCAGGAAGGACUUGAUUGA